UCGAGUCUUGGGAAAUAUUUUUAUCCUGGCUUGCAUAUUCUAGGAGUGAGAACUGCAAUCCGAGAAAAAUCGAGAAGCAAACUGAAAUUGUUCAUAAACCCCCCUUCACUUAAGCCUCUGGCUUAUCCUUCUGCCGUUACAAGAGGUCGACGGCCGUCGCCUCCCGGUGGUAGUUUCUCCUGCGCACCUCGAUUGUUCCCGGACCCUCGCCUAACACCUUCCGAACCUACCCCGCAGCGAUGCCCCCCUCAGUCUUCAUCUUGUCGACGCCUUCCUUCCUUCCUCUAAACCCUCGCCCAGCGCCCUUCCCGGCUGUGCCCCCUCUCGGUGUAAACAUCAGACGCGGCGGUGUCGGAAGGAGUGGUUCCUCUCCUCCACGAACGUGGAAAUGCUGCUCGUCUCCAGAGGAGAAGUCGUCUCCCGUGCAACGGCGACAGAAGAACCCGCCGCGCAGCUCCAGCAGCAGGAAGUCGGAGCCCGAGAUUGAUCCCGUUGGGUUUCUCUCCAGAUUUGGCAUCUCUCACCGCGCUUUUGCUCAGUUCCUCCGAGACCGAUAUAAGGCAUUGAAGGACCGCCGAUUCGAUUUGUAUUCUAGGUUUAUAGAUAUGAGAGACUCGGCUUCUGGGUAUGAGAUCUUGGGCAUGCACAGGCACAGACAGCACCGUGUGGACUUCAUGGAGUGGGCUCCAGGUGCUCGAUAUUGUUCACUUGUUGGUGACUUCAAUGGGUGGUCACCGGUAGAAAACAGUGCUAGAGAGGGACACUUGGGCCAUGAUGAUUUUGGCUAUUGGUUUAUCAUUCUGGAAGAUAAGUUAAGGGAUGGUGAAGAACCAGAAGAAUAUUAUUUUCAAGAGUAUAAUUAUGUAGAUAAAUAUGACAAAGGUGACAAUAAUAUUAAUGCUGAAGAAUUGCUAAAGAAAAUAAACGAUGACUAUUGGGAACCUGGAGAGGUUUGGUCCCGUAAAUCACGCAUGGAGAUGGUUGCCAAGUUGUAUGAGCAGAUGUUUGGCCCUAAUAGCCCCCAGACUGAAGAAGAAUUAGGUGAAUUACAAGAUGCUGAAACACGAUACAAUCAAUGGAGAGAAGCCUCAAAUUUUGGUCCUAACGAUCAUACUCGAUUUGAAGUAAUUGAUAAGGGAAACGAGUUUGAUGUCUUCAGUGUUAUAGGAGAUCCAGUCUCAACAGCAAAAUUUAAAGCAAAGAAGCCUCCUCUUGAUUACUGGGUAGAAAUGCGUAAAGGGCGCAGAGCAUGGCUGAAAAAAUACAUUCCUGCAAUUCCACAUGGAAGUAAGUAUAGGGUUUACUUCAAUACUCCUGAGGGAGCACUGGAAAGAGUUCCAGCUUGGGCUACAUAUGUUCAGCCAGAAGCAGAUGGAAAAGAAGCUUAUGCAGUUCACUGGGAACCACCUCCAGAGGAAAUGCACAAUUGGAGAUACAAGAAGCCAAAACUUCCAAAGUCCCUUCGUAUAUAUGAGUGCCAUGUUGGAAUAAGUGGAUCAGAACUGAAGAUAUCAUCCUUUAACGAGUUCACCUCUAAGGUACUGCCACACGUGAAAAGUGCAGGAUAUAAUGUCAUUCAAUUAUUUGGGGUUGUUGAGCAUAAGGAUUAUUCCUCUGUUGGAUAUAAAGUUACAAAUUUCUUUGCUGUUAGUAGUAGAUUUGGGACUCCAGACGAUUUCAAAAAAUUGGUCGAUGAAGCACAUGGACUCGGGAUUUUGGUGUUUCUAGAUAUCGUUCAUUCCUAUGCGUCAGCAGAUGAGUCAGUUGGAUUGUCACUAUUUGAUGGAUCAAAUGACUGCUACUUUCAGACUGGGAAACGAGGCCACCAUAAAUACUGGGGCACCAGGAUGUUUAAAUAUGGGGAUGUUGAUGUGCUACACUUUCUUUUAUCUAACUUGAAAUGGUGGGUUGCAGAAUAUCAGAUUGAUGGCUUCCAAUUUCACUCACUCCCGUCAAUGAUGUAUACACACAAUGGGUUUUCUACGUUCACUGGUGACAUGGAUGAGUAUUGCAAUCAGUAUGUUGAUAAGGAUGCUUUAAUAUACCUUACCCUGGCAAAUGAGAUGCUUCAUGAACUUUAUCCUGAUAUUAUUACAAUUGCUGAAGACGCCACAUUUUAUCCUGGAUUGUGUGAGCCAACAACUCAAGGCGGUUUGGGAUUUGACUACUGGGUUAACUCUUCUGUGUCUGAAAUGUGGUUGUGGCUGCUUGAGAAUGUCCCAGAUCAAGACUGGAGCAUGAAUAAGAUUGUGAGUGUACUUCUGAGCAAUCAGCUAAACAGACAUAAUAUGCUCUUGUAUGCUGAGAAUCAUAAUCAGUCUAUAUCAGGAGGACGGUCCUUUGCAGAGAUUUUGUUCAGUAAGACUGAUGAGCAUAUUAGUGGAUCUGACAAUCUUCUGUUUAGAGGCUCUGCACUACAUAAAAUGAUCAAAUUACUCACAUUUACAAUGAGUGGAAGUGCUUACAUAAACUUUAUGGGGAAUGAAUUCGGACAUCCAAAUAGAAUCGAGUUUCCAUUGGCAAGCAACAAAUAUUCAUUUGCUUUGGCAAACCGUCAAUGGGAUUUGCUAAUGACCGAUUUGCACGGGCAACUUUUCAAUUUUGAUAAAGAUAUGAUGAGGAUAGAGGAGAGUCACAAUAUACUUUCAAGUGAACCACCAAAUGUGCAUCAUAUUAGUGAUUCAAACAUGAUUAUUUCAUAUAAGAGAGGACAACUUCUCUUUGUGUUCAACUUCCAUCCUACAACUUGUUACAAAACAUACACAAUUGGUGUAGAAGAAGCAGGCGAAUAUCAGUUGAUACUUGAUACCGAUGAGGCAAGCUAUGGUGGUCAUGGUUUACUUAGGGAAGACCAGUAUCUUCAAAGGACUAAUACAAAAAGGGCUGAUGGCUUCCGAAAUUCCUUGGAAGUGGUAUUGCCUCGAAGAAGCGCUCAGGUUUACAAGUUGACAAGAAUCUUGACAACAUGAAUCAGACUUAUCAUUGUGUUUGAUGACAUCUCAAGAUGCUAUAACAUAAAGCUUCUAUGACAUUAAAUUCAGAUUUGGAAAAAUUGUGCUCUGGUCACAUCCUCGUGCGGCAAAACAACCCAAGUGAUUUCAGAAGAUGUGCAUACCAGUUCGAAAGCCAUGUGUUCCAAGUUUUGAAUUCAGAUCUCUCACCACCCCACUCACCCGAUACCAAUGAAGUGCAACGUACUCUCAUUAAAGGAGUACUAUUCAUCUAUUUGGCUUCUUUUGUUUGAUUCCCACUUCUUGUCUGGAUGUCUGCAUAGGCUACAUUCAAAUUUUCCUGUGUUUUGUGCGAUCAUACUAAUCGCUUCUUUAUUAGACUCGGAAUGAAUGAACGAGAGGAAUCCAGAAAGGUUGGUUGUAUGUACAGCUAUGACAUAUAUUCCUGAUCCUUGCAUUUUGCUGACAAUUUAAAGAUUAGAAAGAGUAUUGAUUGCUUGUGU